GGGAGGAGAAGAGUGGGGUGGGGUGAUUUUUUGUGUGUAAAUCUAGACAGUUAUACUCCGCCAAUAAUUCACGGUCGACAUUAAACCGCCCCAGGUCUACAAAUCAACAGCGCCAAAUUAUGAGUUCGCUCCACUUUGCCAAUGCGCUGUUUUCCAAAUACCAACAAGCCGCUGCGAGCUGCUCCGCUCUGCUCCUCACAGACUCUUCAACUUCUCCCUCCCCGUCUUCCUCUGCUUGUCCUGCCGCGUCUUCUUCGUGCGCCCUCGUUUCCAGCGGAUAUCACCACCAUCAUGUCUCCAAUGGGAGAGGCAGCGGAAGACUCCCUUUCCCUCCCCCCUCCUCCUCUUCUCCCUCCUCCUCCUCCUCCUUUUCCUCCUCCUCUACUUCCUCAUGGUUCUGUUUGUCUCUUUCGGGACUAAACGGGAGCAGCGGGGUUACUCAGCCCGGUGCGCAUCCUCUGAACCCUGCAGAAAUACGCACAGGAGGGGCUUAUACCGCGCAGGGAGCCGUACCGCUGCGCUCCUCUCUGCAGAGAUGCGCCGCGGAGCCGUUCUCCGGUCCGCCUGAGCACUGCUCGCUGGCCGCCAGGCUUCCCGAGUCGGCCUGCAGGAUGCAGAGACGCAGAGAGCAGCAGCAGUCCCAGCUAAACCAAGAGAGGCUCCGAAUUUACCCUUGGAUGAGAAGCUCAGGCGCUGACAGGAGGCGCGGCCGGCAGACGUACACGCGACACCAGACGCUGGAGCUGGAGAAGGAGUUCCACUUCAACCGGUACCUCACGAGACGACGAAGGGUAGAGGUCGCACACGCGCUCUGCCUCACGGAGCGACAAAUAAAGAUCUGGUUCCAGAACCGGAGGAUGAAGUGGAAGAAGGAGAACAGGGUGAGUGAGACCGGAUCCCCAGCGACAUCUCUACCGGCGGCUGACGAACACGAAGAGGAGGCUGAUGAGGAGGAGGGAAUGAACUAAUCCUCCACAGGACGCUCUCAGAUACAAACAGUAACAACGUUUUUCAGCUCUUAGGUCUCAAAUGAUAUUUCGCUGGUGGUGUAGACUUACCCGAAAAAAGUGACCUUCGCUCUGCAGUCAGGUUAUUAUCAUCCAGCAAACAACUGCCAGUCUGAGAAACGGUCAGAGACACAUUUCAAAUGUAACUUAGAAGAUACACGUAGCUGUUUGCUGUAGUAUUUAGAUGAAUGUACUUAGUCUAUUUCAGGUUAGAGAGAAGGCAGCCUGUUCUCUAAACAACAGUGGGACAAAGUCAUCACACUACCAACUCAUUUAAUGAUGAAAGAUUACGUAUUAAUGAUAAAAACAGCAUGUUAUCCUGAAGAUAAAAUGUUGUAGGGAUGGAAUUAUAACUUGUGUCAGCAGGGCUGGAACCAGACUUUACAUACUGAAACAAUACUGAUUUCAUUAGUCCUCCACCAACUUAUUUUCUUUUUGCGACGCCACCAAGCAAACGCUGUACACUUCUCUAGCUAUUUAAUCAAUAAUGCCACAUUCUAAAAAUCUGUUUUAUUAUUUAAACUUCUAAAAAAAAAAAAUUCUCCUACAGUCUAAAUGUUCCAAAGUCUUCUGUAAAUGUAUCUCUAGUGGAGGAUUAUCUAUUUAGACUAUUGUCCAAGACUGUCAUUUGUUUGCUUGUUUUUAUUUUUUUCCUGUUAAUGCUGACAUAUUAUAAUGAAUAUCAAACCUUCAACUGUGCAACUGUGAUUUAAUAAUAAUCAAUAAAAUUCUUUGUCUGUCAGUGUGACAUUGUUGAGAAA